GAAAUGUCGUACAUGACCAGUCGGAUUAAUCUUCUUACCCAGGAAGUACAAGGUGAGUAUUUUAACAGACUCACAUGUAUGCGGACAGUGCUGUGUUGAGACUGACCAAGUGUCCAAAGUCAGUGCAGUUGAAGAUGAUCUAGAGCAGUGCGGGUAUACCUGCUGAAACAAUGAAGAGCGGUUGGGAUACUUUCAUCAGUCGUGCGGCGGUAACAUCCCACCGCAAAGGGUUGUGUAUCGCAAAUCUGACUUUGACAGCUUGAUGCAGGCCAUAUUGAAAACAUGGUUGCUACUUCAAGGUAUAUAGAGCUAAUACUGGGGGCGGUUAUAAAAUGUGGCUUGUUGAGAAAGAUCUUAAAUACAGCCAAUCAUCAAGAUCUACUAUUAGUCUUACCAAAGAGUUCCGGAGGACGUGAAUCACGUGACAUUUGGAGACAUGUAAUGAAAGAAGCAAAGGACGCGGGACUGUUGAGAGAUAUUCUUGAGGCGGCGCAUCGUUGUGGACGAUAUGAAGAAGCAGUUGCAGGAGCCGUCGACGGUGGUGUACUGGAUGUUCACGAAGAAGCUGAGAAGGUCGCACAAGAAGCAACAAAUGAUAUGAGGUGUUUCAUUUUUCGCAUAGUCCAUGUUUUGGGGAGUAGGCCUAGAUCUAUUUUCAAGGCACUCACAUAUCCUGAAAUAGAUAUUGUGCAGCGGAAAUUAGUUGAACAAGCUACAAAAGCUGGUGUAAUGAGAAAUGUACUUGAAGGUGCUAUACAGAGUGGGAAAGGUCUGUUUUGUUUUGAGAUCAAAAGCCAAUGGAAGUUGUCAGCAAUACUGACAGUAGCGAAGGAAGCUGGUGUUUUGGUGGAUGUACUACAAGCAGCUGCAGGAUGUGGCCGGCUUGGAAUGACUCUGGCAGCAGCGAAGGAAGCUGGUGUUUUGGCUGAUGUACUACAAGCAGCUGCAGGAUGUGGCCGGCUUGGAAUGACUCUGGCAGCAGCGAAGGAAGCUGGUGUUUUGGCGGAUGUACUACAAGCAGCUGCAGGAUGUGGCCUGCUAGAAAUGACUGUGGCAGCAGCGAAGGAAGCUGCUGUUUUGAUGCAUGUACUACAAGCAGCUGCAGGAUGUGGCCUGCUUGGAAUGACUAUGGCAAAAGCGAAGGAAGCUGGUGUUUUGAUGGAUGCACUACAAGCGGCUGCAAGAUGUGACCAGCUAGGACACGUUGCUACAGAGGCAUAUGGUGAUAUUGUGUUGAGAGAAGCCCUGAGAGUUGCUGGAAUUUGCAACUUUGUGACAAAGGUUGUGAAGGAUAAAGUCUUAGAGGAACUAUUUAUACAAGUUGUACAGCAUGGUCUAUUGAAAUACCUGGUUCAGGAAGCUGAGCAAUCACGGAUAUUGAGAAGUAUAUUAAUGCAGGCUUCAAAGAGUGGAAUGAUUAGGAGGUCAUGGGAAGAAGCAAAGAGACGUGGUGUGAAUAACGAUGAUAUAGCAAAGUCUGUAAGACUCCUUCAGAACAUCAAAGGGGCUAAAACAGCUGAUAUGAAGAUAAUGCUGCAAACAUUCCUAAGCGGAUCAACACUUGAUGCAUAUAGUUUGAUGAGUUCUUUUCCAGUAGAUCUAAUAUGUGAUGAAGAAGAUGAUUCUGCGCCUCCAAUCCAAAAGGCACAUUCCCUGCUGAUCUUGGCCUGGCUUUUGCUGAUCGUUCUGACACUUGUGAGAGGUCGUGGUUUAAGCCGUACACGGAAUGCUGAACAUCGCAAGAGUGUGAUCAGCCAAGUGACUAUUUGUAGUGGGGACAUUGAGAGAAACCCCAGUCCCGAUGUGAUCUUGAAUGACUGGCUGAAAGAGAUGUAUUCUGAGUUAGUCCGGAGGUUGAAAGGUUGGAAAAAGAAGAAUAUACCUUGGAAGCAGUUCCGAUUGCCUGAUCCACGAAAUAGCGGACAAGACAGGGACACACUCCUCGCCUUGAUUUCACGUCUUGGCCUGCUUACCCUCUGUGACAACCAUGAUACCUCUGACUUGUAUGUGGAUGAGUUUCUGCUCCUCAGAGACAAUAUAAAUGACAUAAAGAGGCUAAAUUUAGAUGUGCUGGACUGGGCUGUUAAAAAGAGGAAGAUUCUGGUCAAAGCCAGGGAGUUGGAUAAUGAAAUGAGUCUCCUGCCUGAAGAUGAACGAAGAAAAGCCCAGAGAGCUGUCCAUGGCCUCCAGCUGCAGCAUGUUGCCUUCUACCGACAGGGAGCAGUAGAAGAGCAGGUUGAGGAAGAAGAGAGCGAAGGAGAUGUAGAUGAAGACUUUGAUGAAGACGGAGGUCAUGAUGUAGAGAUCAAGGAGGGGUCACCCCCGCUCCCUCAGCCAGACUGUCCACGUGGUGCAGCUGUUGCAGGCGAUGAAGCCAACAUGCUACUUUCAUCCUCAAUAGAAGAUAGUAAAAGCAGUUCUGAAAAUACCCUUGAUGCCUUGGAAGAAUUUCUAAACAUACCAAACCUCCUCCAAUUUAAUGAAAUUGAAAGUUUUCAAUUUAACGAGUCUCUGUUGUUAUAUGAAUGUGACGAAAGUACACAAAACGUGCCUCAGAAUGAAGCCAGGUCUCCCAAGAGAGAUGCUCCUUCUGACCAUACACCAAAUGAUGUGAUGUCAUGGCAACGCUCUGAGACGAUGAAGGACGGACAUGAAGUGACAGACGAUAAACACACUCUCCAACCACGUGGCCCAGUAGAUAUUCAGUCACAGUCUCAGAAGUCUCAGAGUGCCAUAGAACCUGAUCAAGCACCUGCCCCAGCACCUGCCCCCCGACCAGUUCUGCCAACCGAUGCCAGCAUUCACUCACGAAUGGAUACUCUUGUUCAGAACUUGGAGAAUGUCCUUGACAUUCGUGGUCUGGAUUCACGCCGAGUAAAUGGAAAUGUGAGGACUACGUUUCCCUUAGCACGGAAGAGAUCGCACAGUUUUGAUUCUGGUUCUAACUGUUACUGCAGAAGAAACAAGAUGAUUCGAUUCACCUGACUCUUGUAAGCAUGCUGAUAUGGAAUAUGUACAUGUACUAUGGUGCUCUGUGUAGAUUCGGAUUUAAGUUGACGAAUGAGAACAUCUGAAUUGUUUUUCGUAUGGUAUAGGGGAGGCAACUCUCCGCUUAACUUCUUUGAGAGGCAUUUAGAAGUUGGAGUACUAAGUGGGGCGGUCAGGUAGGCUAGUGGUUAAAGCAUUCGCUCGUCAUGCCGAAGAUCCGGGUUCGAUUCCCGACAUGGGUACAAUGUGUGAAGCCCAUUUCCGGUGUCCCCCGCCGUGAUAUUGCUGGAAUAUUACUAAAAGCGGAGUAAAACCAUACUCAGUCGGUCAGUCAGUGGAGUACUAAGUAAGGAUAGGAUUUAUGGAUGAACAACUCCUUUACUAUGAUUAUGAGCGAAAUUUUGAUGUAGGUUCUAACACCAUUAUCAAGUAAGUGUGUACAGAGUAUGGUUGACAAGUAUAUAUACAGGUAGGAGGCAUUGUUGAUACAGUAGAGUAGAUGUCAGAUGUAGUUACACUGGAGUGGAGAAGCCUGUUAUGUACACAAAAAGGGUAGUAAACAUAAUGAUCGGCGAAGUCAGUAAAUCUUCAUCCAUAAAUCUUAUCCUUACUUAACUCUCCGCUUGUACUGUUUCACCACUGCUCUCGAAUUCAUUUGUCAUGUGUGAUGCUGUAAUACGUUUGUUUAUUAUUCACUUAUUGAUGUUUUAUUUCACUUUUCCUAUAAAGCAGGUUUUGGCCUGAGUUAGUUGAUAUGACUUGGUGAUCUCCCUACUUAAAUGCUCAAAUGGAGUGCUCCCUGGUCUAGUGGUAGACCUAGAGGUCCGGGGUUUGAUCCCCGGCCGCGUCAUACCAAAAGAUGGUGUCUGACUGUACUCUUACUACAGGCAUUAAGGGGCUAAAACAAGGACUGGUCGGCUCGGAGUCAGUAUACUGUGUCUGAGUGGGCUAUUCAUGUUAAACUGCGGCAUGGUAUAUCUCAGUGUGCUAGCACUAUAAAUCGGCAUCAGUCCGGACUAGUACAAGCAGCCACACACAAACACAUGUGAAUGCACGUCGCUAUAUAAUUGCAAUAUUCUUGGACGCGACGUUAAACCCAAGGGAAGUCUCAGAGGGAGAACCCUUCAACCUUCACUGCGUAUGUCAGACAAUUUUGUUUAUGAAUGUGAACUUACAUAUAUAUAUCUAUUGUUUUUUUCUAUCUUUCCAUUGUUGCCUUCAAAGACUUCAAGAAGUGUGCAUUUUUCACUUCUUGUUGUUUGGAAAAUAUUUUUGUAAUGCAGUUGACCAGAAACUGAAUAUUUUUAUAUGUAGAUACAUUGUUAUGGUAAAUAAACACUUCAAUUUA